AUGUCAGUAAUCUCAGCUUCUGACUUCUUGUCUGGGCUAACCCAGGAUCCUUGUCCUCAAUCCCAAAACUUCACCCACCACCCAGACAGCUGGUCCAACUUGUACAGCAUACCCCCUCGCCAUUCCACGCCUCCCCCCUCGUCCCAGCAACUCAACUCCUGCGCCCUGUUUGCAUGGUAA